AUGAUACGCCCGCUCUCACUUCUAUCGUCCAUCAUCCGCAGCACCGUACCGGUACCGUACAAAAUCAACCGAAUGUCGACCGAAGCAUCUACGACCACACCGCCACCGGCAGGAGGCGACUAUUCCGUAGCGUUCGUAACUGUGCCGGACAACACGGUGGCGGUCAAUGUCGCCCGGCAGCUGGUGGAGAAAAGUUUGGUCGCGUGCGUCAACAUCAUUCCCGGCCUGACGUCGAUCUACGCUUGGGAGGGUAAGAUCAACGAGGAUCCGGAAGUGUUGCUGAUGAUCAAAACACGCACCAGCCGGGUGGAGGAAUUGAUCCGGCACGUGCGGGAGGUACAUCCGUACAGUGUGGCCGAGGUAAUUGCGUUCCCGAUCGCGCACGGGAAUGCACCGUACCUGGACUGGAUUGGGAAAACAGUCCCGAAGGGUGGGACUGCUUAG